AACGCAGUAAGCACGAAAGCAAAGCGCCAAAAGCUGCGCUGCAGCAUGAUAUCAGCUCAAUCAUCUGUGGAACUCAAUGCAUAAAAUAAUUUACACUGAAAUUUGACCGCAUUGAACUUUCAUAUUAAACAUACUUUUUUUUAGUAAAUAUACAUAUUCAUAAUAAUGAUUUGUUCAGCGCUCUUUGCUUAUAAGCAUUGUAUGUGCGUUAUUGAGCUUUUUCUGCGUGGCGUAGACGAUAACCAAUACGAUUCGUGUAUUAAAAAAUUACUAGGCGCUAAUUUAGUAUGAAUUGAGGCGUGUUAGAAGUUAGAGGUUGUGGUAAAAUAAAAAAAUACUGAGAAUUACAUUCAAAUUGUUUUGGUAAAUAUAAUUAUUUGAGCUUCUGCGACGUGACAACACAAAAAAUGUUAAAGAGAAUCACAAUGUUGCUCUACUAUUUGCUGUUCAGCUCACAGCUUAUCAGCGUCUUACCCCAAGCAAGUGACUCGAACGGUACGCCAGAAGCGUUUAAAGAAGCGCAACUCAUAAGUGAAGCAGCUGCUUCCACUACCGAAUACAACAAUGCCAACAAUAAUCAUAUUCUUCCACAUAACGAAAACACUAGCAGCAACAGCGACAAUAACAACAAUAGUGGCAACAAAGUUAACGCUGAUGAAUGGAGCGAUCGUGAUAAACUACUCCUCUACACGCUCGAGCAACUCGCACUACUCUUCAACUUUACGGUCGAACAUGGCACGGAAGUUUUACGCAACGUUGUCAAAGAUGCGGCCACACUAAAGGAGCCCACCGCCUCUUUAUUAGCACACCUGGGCAAUUUUUCCGAUUUCGUCGCACGCGUUGACAAUUUAAAGAAAUUGGGCGAAGACGAAAAGUUUGGUGAACUAUACAAUAUGGUCGUACUAUUUACCGAGCUGGUAGAGCGCCAUAAUACGACGGCGCUCGAGAAUGCCACAACAGAGAAUAUGUACUUGGAGAUGUCGUUGAAGAAGAAUGGUUUGGAUAAAUUACAUGUGGACUGUUUAGAACGCUUUUUUGUCUUCAGCGAAAAGUUAAACGCUCAUGUCGAUAGUUAUUUGGCAAAGUUAACGGCCGAACAGCGGGCGAACGAGCGCAAAAUGAUCGAAUGGUAUCGUGCGUUCAAUGCCGAAACGGACUCGGAGAAGAAACUGGAGAUAAUUGCCAAGUUUUUGGAAUUGUACCCUUGAGUGUUUGCUGCGCGUAUGUGAAACGAAUUUAAACAAUUAUAAUUAAUAAUACUAAUUAUUAAUGCAUGUGCGAAUUAAAUAAGAAUUGCUGAUGUCUUAAUUGUUGAAAUGUGCAUAUACUUGUAUGCGAGUUAUCUAAGCAUUUUUAAGCGAAUACCAAUGCAAGUGUUGAAAAAAUCAUCACGUAGAUACUAUUCUACAAGGUUAACAAAACUGACAAAAAAAUAUUUAUAAGAUAAUAAAAAAUAUUAAUUAAAAUAUAUUUAAUAAUAAAUAAUAUUAUAUGUACCAAAAAUAUUCAUUAAUAAUAAAAAAUUGUUUAAGUGAA